UUUCCACUUAGCAAUUUACCAGCGACCUUGUUUAUUCCGCUAGCACAUGAAUGUGCACUUGUGCACUUGCCUACUCAUUCAAAAUAUUUUCAUUUUCCACUCCCUAAUGAUUGCGAUCCGCUGCAAUUACGAUGUGUGCUGUGUGAGUCAAGUGUUUUCACUGCAACGCACCGAUUCUAAUUACGAUUAAUAAACUAAGUACAAAUAUUAAGAGGCAAUGGCUUGCUACUGGCUGCAUCAGCAUGAAUCUAAAGUAACCAUUCCAAGAGUUGAGGAAACCAACUCGAUUAUUUUCUACAAAAUACAAGUAAACAUUGCUGAUGUCCAGUGGGAUGUGGCACAUCGCUACAGUGAAUUCUAUGAACUGCAUAACAUACUUGUAUUGGAUCAUGGAGUGUCCAAAGAUGCUCUGCCUGCAAAGAAAGUAUUUGGUAACAAGAGUCCAGAGUUUAUCGAGAGUAGAAGAGUGGCUCUCGAGGAGUAUUUACAGAAUAUGUUGAAGUAUCUUACUCGGACAAUGCCUCAAGUUUUUAUACAAUUUUUACACUUGCAUUUGUAUGAUGUCUUCUUUUUAUUGCAACACAUGGCAGCAGCAUACUAUAUUAAGGGAGAUGCUAUUUUAUCAUCAAAUAGGAUGCAAAUGUUUAACCCUUUAGAAUUGCAUGCAAUUGGCAUUUGUUUGAAAUUUCCAUUUCCAAAGAUUACAGACAGUGAUAAAGCAUAUGAUAUUAGUAAUGUGAUGGAGGUGUGCUCACAGCUGAAGAGUUUACAGCUAGAUGGCAAAGAAAAUCAUCUUUCAAGUAAUAUUUGUCCAAAUAAGUUAGAAAUUGAUUUAACACCUUUUAAAGCAUUGGAAGUAUUUAUAGUAAAAAAGUACAAUUUUGAUAAUAUUACCGAGUUAGGCAAUAUUCGUAGCACCGUAAAAGUACUCACUGUGCGUUUUACUGAUAUUCGAAGUAUUUCCCAAGUGUUACAGUGUGAUAAUGUGCAUAAAGGCAGUAUUACCGAUGGCCAGACAUGGGCAGCAAUUACGAAACUUGACUUGAGUUCAAAUCAGCUAACGAACAUCGACGAGUCAAUUAAACUCCUCCCAAAGAUAGAAACUCUAAUACUCAACGACAACAAAAUCAAAGAGAUUGAAAACCUUUCGUCCCUCAGUUCUCUCCGACAUCUUUUUGUAUCUAAUAAUUUGAUUUCAAGCAUUGAAGGCAUGAAUACUAAAAUUGGUAAUGUAUUAACUCUGAAUCUUUCCCAAAACCUCAUUGGUCGCAUUCAGGACCUUGGUAAGUUGUACUCUUUGGAGACUUUAGUGUUAAGUUCGAAUCGCAUCAGUGAUGUCAAUGAUGUUGCGUGUAUUGGCGAUUUGCCUUGCUUGGAAAAUUUUACUUUGACUGGAAAUCCAGUGUCGACUAUAAUUGAUUAUCGUAUUAAAGUGUUGAAGCAUUUUGGAGAGCGCGCGCGAGAGUUGUGUUUGGAUAAUGAGAAGCCUCUGCAGCCCGAGAUUGAUAAGGCACUUGUUUUGAGGGCUUUGCAAAUUGGCAAGGAGGGGAAGUUUAUUUCCAGUAUACCGAAAUGAUAUUAUCGAUGAUAUUUUACCGUUAAUUUUAUUAGUAAUGUGUGGGUGGGUGUAUAAAUUGUAUAAAAUUAUAACGAGAUGAAAUUUUGUAAUUUAUUGUGAAAUUGUUAUUAAGGAAAGACGAAUAUUAAAUGUUAUACGUAUUAACUUA